AUGCUUUCCAAACGGCCUUCAACGAAGGUUUGCACAGCAUGUUCUCAAGCUUGGAUCCUACUUCAUCAAGCUCGAACGGGAUUGACGUCCCAGAUUCGCAGGCCGAAUUCCCAUCAUUUUUAUCCCAGUCGAUCUCUAACCACUGCCGCCACACAAAGCCCAUGCGGAACAGUAAUUCGAAAACUUAAUCGUGAUACUCUGCAACGAUUUGCUUCCACCACUACCUGCGGCGUCGGUGACUCUCCGCAAAUCAGAAAGGAGGCUCUAUUUGACGUGGUCGAUAAUAUACACCAAACAGAAGAUGAUAUUGUGCAAAGCUUACAAGAGCUGGAGCUCGUCGAUACCUUUUCUCAUCUUAUAUACUCCCAAGAUCUCGAUCUAAUGGAUACCCUUACCGCGAUUGUUGGUCAUCGGAGCGAAGCGGACCUGAUAGCCAAAGUUACCAUGAUACGGCAACGGUUUCGUGACUCACUACCGGAUAAUUUGUUAAGUGGGGAGGAGAUGCAAUUAUAUAAAAAAUUAUAUGGAGAACCAAUGUCAAUGGAGGAGGAAGAGUCCAACAUUACUCAAGAUGAGCCAGAGCCAGAUCAGCUACUUCGGUGUGAUGGUGAAGGAGGCUGGGUUGAGGUCGAACAUCUUGCUACAGAUACUGCAGAGGUUCAAAGCAGUGAACACAACCUUACAAGAGUUUCAGAGUUUGAGAAUGACGACGAAUAUGAACUGGACUAUGAUGAACUAUCAUUAGAGGAUCGAGCAACCUCGAUAGCAAGGAUGCUAGGAGGGAAAGUCAUUUCUUCGUCCGAUUCUGAAGGGCUUUGUGAAAAUGGUGCUGACGACAAUAACCCGCGAGCACACCCUCUUACUACAGAGGGUAAGUUCACGCCCGGGUCCAAAACUAUUUCGCUCCCGUAUGAUAGCAUGACUAAACCAGUAUCACGCAUGCUUUCAUCAUAUCCCAACAAGCAUCUUGCUGAAACAGCUCAUAGACUUUUUGGUGGACCAAAUCUUCCAUAUUCCACAUCUACGCUGCCCAAGAACAUUCCCUCAACCCCUAUCCAGCUCGACGCUAGACAGCAUGUGAUGUCAGACAUAGAAAGCCAUGCCUACCUUGCAGUCCUCUAUCCAGGAAUAUAUGCUUCCGUUCUGUCUGUUCUUGUUGAGGUUCGCAAAAGGUUGGGCUCGACAUGGCUUCGCGACCUGAUCACUAAAGAGGGUGGUGUAAGGGUUCUUGAUGCUGGAGGCGGCGGUGCAGGAAUCCUGGCUUGGAGAGAGGUGUUGAAGGCCGAGUGGUUGUUGAUGUCUCCCAACAGCCCACCAGGUAGCCCCGUCCCAUUUGGAAAAUCGACGGUCUUAACAGGGUCAACGUCAUUGCGACAUCGAGCGAGCCAGUUGCUUGAAAAUACGACAUUCCUUCCACGCUUGCCCGACUAUCUACACGUGCGCGAUCAGGCGACCAUAACAGAUGAGCGGCCCCAUUCGCAGCGAAAGCAAUACGACGUCAUCAUUGCGCCUCACACUAUCUGGCCUAUCCGCGAGGACUACCAACGGAAGGAACAUGUUGAAAAUUUAUGGACCCUUCUCAACCCUGAUGGAGGAGUUCUUAUCCUUCUUGAAAAGGGUCAUCAACGUGGUUUCGAAGCAAUUGCAGGGGCUCGCGAAAUGAUCCUCGAGCGUUUGAUUUCUUCACCUGGGUCAACGGAAUAUGAAAACAAAAUUCAAUCUCCCGAUGCCGAAAGGUUUGUCCAGAAAGGCAAGGGAAUGAUCAUAGCCCCAUGCACCACUCACGCCAAAUGCCCCAUGUAUUUGAAUCCGGGAAAAUCGAUCGCGCGGAAGGAUUUCUGUCACUUCCAGCAACGCUAUUUCCGACCGCCGUAUUUACAGCGGAUCAGGGGAGAAACUUGCAGAAACCACGAAGACGUAAAAUUCAGUUACGUCGCUGUCCAGCGCGGCAUGGAUAUGAGAGAAACCCAUGGUAUCAUCCAAGGAGAACAGGCAACCAACGCUGCGUUUAAAGGCUUUGAACACCUAUCGUCUCAGAGAAAUGCUGAGGGACCUCCCGCGAAUGAAGCACCUAAAUUCCACCAUCUCUCCCUUCCACGACUCAUCCUCCCACCCUUAAAGCGCCAGGGCCACUCCACUCUAGACCUAUGCACACCCCACGGCAAGAUCGAGCGAUGGACUGUCCCGCGCUCCUUUAGCAAACAAGCCUACCGCGACGCUCGAAAGUCUGCUUGGGGAGACCUGUGGGCACUGGGAGCCAAGUCUCGAUCGCUGCGAAACAUCAAGCUAGGCAUUGUGGAUAACAAGAGUGGGGACAAGAAACAUGAUAGGCGUAUGCGCAAGCAGUUGUUGGCUGAAAAUAUGGCUCAUGAGGAAUAUCAGAUGGGUUCUAAUCAUGGAACUGCAUCAAGUGUUGAAAAGAAGGAUGCGGAGGAGGUAGACAGUGGCAUCAGAGAGCUUCGGGAUGCGAUUGGCCGACUGGAUCCCUAUGAGAGCCAGCGUAGGGUCUAUAAGAAGCCGGAGAAAAAGAGGAAAGUCCCAACGUGGGUGAAGAAGAUGGAGGCGAAGAGGAAGGCGAAAGUGAAAAAUGACUUUGAUGGUUUUGGUGGGGAUGUGUAA